AUGGCGGAUCGGACAGCUCCCGGCGGCCGGCUGCGGCUGGAGUGGGUGUACGGCUACCGCGGGCACCAGUGCCGCAACAACCUGUACUACACGGCCGGCAAGGAGGUGGUCUACUUCGUGGCCGGGGUCGGCGUCGUGUACAACACCCGAGAGCACAGCCAGAAAUUCUUCUUGGGACACAACGACGACAUUAUCAGGUACGCGGCCGGGAGAGCGGUGGGUGUGGAGGCUGGAGUGCGGCGCUUAGCCUCUGUGGGACUGGACGCCAAGAACACAGUCUGCAUUUGGGACUGGAGGAAGGGGAAGCUGCUGGCCUCGGCCACUGGCCAUUCUGACCGGAUUUUUGAUAUUUCCUGGGAUCCAUAUCAGCCAAACAGAGUGGUUAGCUGUGGAGUCAAACAUAUAAAGUUUUGGACACUGUGUGGAAACGCCUUGACUGUGAAAAGAGGGAUAUUUGGCAGAACAGGGGACCUUCAGACCAUCCUUUGCCUCGCCUGUGCCAAAGAAGACGUCACCUACUCCGGUGCUUUAAACGGCGAUGUCUACGUGUGGAAGGGGCUUGCCCUGGUCCGCACCAUCCAGGGCGCACACAGUGCUGGAAUCUUCAGCAUGUAUGGCUGUGAAGAAGGUUUUGCCACAGGCGGGCGAGAUGGGUGUAUCCGAUUAUGGGACACUGAUUUCAAACCAAUUACCAAAAUUGAUCUCAGGGAGACAGAACAAGGAUAUAAAGGCCUCUCUAUCCGGAGCGUGUGCUGGAAAGCAGACCGGCUGCUGGCUGGGACGCAGGACAGCGAGAUAUUUGAGGUGAUCGUGCGAGAGCGGGACAAGCCGGUGCUGAUCCUGCAGGGCCACUGCGAGGGGGAGCUCUGGGCCCUGGCCCUGCACCCCAAGAAGCCGCUGGCCGUGACAGGCAGUGAUGACCGGUCCGUCAGACUGUGGAGCCUGGCCGACCGCGCCUUGAUUGCCCGCUGCAACAUGGAGGAAGCAGUCCGCAGCGUUGCCUUCAGCCCUGACGGAGCUCAGCUGGCCCUGGGCAUGAAGGAUGGCUCUUUCAUUGUUCUCCGGGUCAGAGACAUGACAGAAGUGGUUCACAUCAAAGAUCGAAAAGAAGUCAUUCACGAGAUGAAGUUCUCCCCGGACGGGUCUUACCUCGCCGUGGGAUCCAACGACGGCCCCGUGGACGUCUACGCCGUCUCACAGCGGUACAAGAAAAUCGGAGAGUGCGUCCAGUCUCUGAGCUUCAUCACCCACAUCGACUGGUCUCUGGACAGCAGAUACUUGCAAACCAACGACGGGGCAGGAGAACGGCUGUUCUACAAGAUGCCGUGUAGAAGUAAACGAAGGCAGCUACCGGGCCGAGACAUCACCUGCACCCUCGAGAGCACGUGCAGAGAAUUCUCCGCACUCUUCCGCACUGGGUCACGUUCACUUCAUCACGACUUUUGUGCAGGAGCCAAGUUUCGCAAGUACGUGGGCCACUCUGCACACGUCACCAAUGUCCGCUGGUCUCACGACUUCCAGUGGGUGCUGAGCACAGGCGGGGCAGACCACUCGGUUUUCCAGUGGAGAUUCAUCCCAGAGGGCGUCACCAACGACAUGCCGGAGGCCACGCCCCACGAAGGCGGCACUGACUCUCACAGUGAAGAAUCGGAUUCAGAUUUAUCAGACGUGCCGGAGUUGGACUCCGAUAUUGAGCAAGAAACGCAAAUCAAUUACGAUCGCCAGGUUUACAAAGAAGAUCUACCUCAGCUGAAGCAGCAGCGUAAGGAGAAGACCCGCGCGGGGCCCUUCCUCAAACGAGAAAAGGCUCCUGAGGAGAGCCUGAAACUCCAGUUCAUACACGGUUACAGGGGCUACGACUGUAGAAACAACCUCUUCUACACACAAGCCGGGGAGGUGGUGUACCACGUGGCCGCCGUGGCGGUGGUGUACAGCAGGCAGCAGCACUCCCAGAGGCUGUACCUGGGCCACGACGACGACAUCCUGUGCCUGACCAUCCACCCAGUGAAGGACUGCGUGGCCACCGGGCAGGUCGGAAGGGAUGCGGCCAUUCACGUGUGGGACACGCAGACGCUGAAGUGCCUGUCGCUCUUGAAGGGGCAGCACCAGCGAGGGGUGUGCGCGCUGGACUUCUCAGCCGACGGGAGAUGCCUGGCCUCAGUCGGAGUCGACGACGGCCACAGCAUCGUGCUCUGGGACUGGAAAAGAGGAGAGAAAGUGGCCACCACCAGAGGACAUAAGGAUAAAAUCUUCGUGAUCAAGUGUGACCCCCAUCAUGCCGACAAGCUGGUGACCGCUGGGGUGAAGCACAUCAAGUUCUGGCAGCAGGCAGGUACUGUGCUUGAGCGCGCCCUCUCGGUGGUCAGCGAGCUUCCCCAGGGCUUCGUGACUGGGGGCAAGGACGGCAUUGUGGAGCUCUGGGACGAUGCGUUUGAGAGGUGCCUGAAGACGUACGCCAUUAAGAGAGCGGCGCUGUCAACCAGCUCAAAAGGAGCCCCAGUGGCGCAGUGCGGGGAGCGCUGGGCUGCCAGCAGGAAGGGACACAUGGAAGGAGAAGUCUGGGGGCUGGCAGCCCACCCGCUCCUGCCCAUCUGCGCCACUGUGAGCGACGACAAAACGCUCCGGAUCUGGGAGCUGUCGUCCCAGCACCGCAUGCUCGCAGUACGGAAGCUCAAGAAAGGCGGAAGAUGCUGUGCCUUCUCCCCCGAUGGGAAGGCCCUGGCCGUCGGCCUGAACGACGGCAGUUUCCUGGUUGUGAAUGCUGACACAGUGGAAGACAUGGUCUCCUUCCACCACAGAAAAGAGAUGAUCUCAGAUAUUAAAUUCUCAAAAGACACAGGGAAAUACCUCGCCGUGGCAUCUCACGAUCACUUUGUGGACAUUUACAAUGUUCUCACCAGCAAGCGGGUCGGCAUCUGCAAAGGCGCGUCCAGCUACAUCACUCACAUCGACUGGGACUCCAGAGGAAAAUUACUACAAGUUAACUCGGGGGCCAAAGAGCAACUCUUUUUCGAAGCCCCAAGAGGCAAGCGGCGUCUAAUUCGACCUUCAGAGAUGGAGAAGCUCCAGUGGGACUCGUGGACCUGCGUCCUCGGCCCCACCUGCGAGGGGAUCUGGCCGGCACACAGCGACGCCGUGACCGACGUGAAUGCCGCCACGCUCACCAGAGACGGCUCGCUCUUGGCCACCGGGGACGACUUUGGGCUCGUUAAGCUCUUCUCGUACCCUGUCAAGGGCCAGCACGCCCGGUUCAAGAAGUACGUGGGGCACAGCGCGCAUGUGACCAACGUCAGGUGGCUGCACAACGACUCGGUGCUGCUCACGGUCGGCGGGGCGGACACGGCCCUGAUGACCUGGACCCGGGAGUUUGUGGGGACCCAGGAGAGCAAGCUGGUGGACAGCGAGGAGUCAGACACGGACGCUGAGGAGGACGGAGGCUACGACAGCGAUGUCGCCCGUGAGAAGGCCAUAGAUUACACCACCAAGAUCUACGCUGUGAGCAUCAGGGAGAUGCAGGGUACCAAGCCGCACCAGCAGCUGAAAGAAGCCUCCGUGGAAGAGAGGCAGGGAAUUGUCAAGGGAUCCAGGCCCCCGGUCAGCCGCGCAGCUCCGCAGCCGGAGAAGCUGCAGAGGAACAGCAUUGCCAAGAAGCAGCAGCUGGUCGAGGGAGCCAGCGGUUCUGACGGGCGUGUCGGCCCGCAUGCUGCCUCUGGCCUCAAGUCCAUGUUGAUGUUCAUUCUGGGACUUCCAGCACCGGUGUGGCGUGCCCGCGGAGGGACCACGCCUUCCAUCCACGUCUGGGACGCCGUGACCAAGCACACCCUGUCCAUGCUGCGGUGCCCCCAUUCCAAGGGGGUGAAUUACGUCAACUUCAGCGCCACCGGGAAGCUCCUGGUGUCGGUGGGAGUGGACCCCGAGCACACCAUCACUGCCUGGCGCUGGCAGGAAGGUGCCAAGAUCGCCAGCCGAGGGGGCCACCUGGAACGCAUCUUCGUGGUAGAAUUCCGCCCGGACUCGGACACGCAGUUCGUGUCCGUGGGCGUCAAGCACAUGAAGUUCUGGACGCUGGCGGGCAGCGCGCUGCUCUACAAGAAAGGGGUCAUCGGUUCCCUGGAGGCGGCCAAGAUGCAGACGAUGCUCUCUGUGGCCUUCGGCGCUAACCACCUCACGUUCACGGGCGCCAUCAAUGGGGAUGUCUACGUCUGGAAGGACCACUUCCUGGUCCGGCUGGUGGCCAAGGCACACACGGGCCCAGUCUUCACCAUGUACACGACCCUGCGAGACGGGCUCAUCGUCACCGGCGGCAAGGAGCGACCGACCAAAGAGGGCGGGGCAGUGAAGCUGUGGGACCAGGAGAUGAAGCGCUGCCGCGCCUUCCAGCUGGAGACCGGGCAGCUGGUGGAGUGUGUGCGCUCCGUGUGCCGCAGCAAAGGGAAAAUCUUGGUGGGGACCAAAGAUGGAGAGAUCAUUGAAGUUGGUGAAAAAAACGCUGCUUCCAACAUCCUGAUUGACGGGCACAUGGAGGGGGAGAUCUGGGGCCUGGCCACACACCCCUCCAAGGACAUCUUCAUCUCGGCCAGCAACGACGGCACGGCACGCAUCUGGGACCUGGCUGACAAGAAGCUGCUGAGCAAGGUCAGCCUGGGCCAUGCAGCCAGGUGUGCAGCGUACAGCCCCGACGGCGAGAUGGUGGCCAUCGGCAUGAAGAACGGCGAGUUUGUCAUCUUGUUGGUGAACAGCCUGAAGGUCUGGGGGAAGAAGCGAGACCGGAGAUCGGCCAUCCAGGACAUCAGAAUCAGCCCAGACAACCGACUCGUGGCCGCCGGUUCUUCUGAGCACACGGUCGACUUGUACGACCUCACCCAGGGCACAAGCUUGAACCGCAUUGGCUACUGCAAAGACAUCCCGAGCUUUGUCAUCCAGAUGGACUUCUCUGCAGACAGCAAGUACAUCCAGGUGUCAACAGGCGCCUACAAGCGCCAGGUGCACGAGGUCCCCCUGGGGAAGCAGGUCACGGAUGCCCUAGUCAUUGAGAAGAUCACCUGGGCCUCCUGGACAAGCAUUCUGGGAGAUGAAGUCAUUGGAAUCUGGCCCAGAAACGCAGACAAGGCGGAUGUCAACUGUGCGUGCGUGACCCACGCUGGCCUAAACAUCGUCACGGGGGACGACUUCGGGCUGGUGAAGCUCUUCGAUUUUCCGUGCACCGAGAAAUUUGCCAAACACAAGCGCUACUUUGGACACUCGGCUCAUGUGACAAACAUCCGUUUCUCUCAUGACGACAAGUACGUGGUCAGCACUGGAGGAGACGACUGCAGUGUCUUUGUGUGGAGAUGUCUGUGAACACCAGAAACCUCUUGCACUAUUGCUGCCGCCCAGCAAGGACCAAGGCGGCGCCCAGGCCCUCCCUCGCCAGACUGCCGGGAGACACAGGUUCCGGGUGCGCGACUGCAGCUGCUUCCGGACUCCACUCUGACGCUGUGGCACCAGGAAGGAAGGUCAAGUUCUAAGACACCACGACCGCUUGCCUCUGUUAUUGAGACUCAAAUCUUUACACACUGACUAAAUCGACAAUACAAGACCACCUAUCUGAUACUGUAGCCCACUGACACAAUGGAACACCUCGGUUAUCCUUACCAACAUGUAGCUUUUCGUUUGCAUCAAAACGUUUACAAAAGAUGUUUUGCUAUUAUGUUUCUAUAUACUUUCAGGAUGCCCAUCUUUUUACAAAUAAGCAAACUGAACAAAACAGUUCAAGUUUGAUGCACAGAAGUACAUGUUUGCCACAUUUAGAAACCAGCUGAGAAACUUAAUUUUGUAAACGUUUCAUUUGCAGAGUUUUAUAUCCAUUAAGUGCCUUCGAAAGUUCCCAGGUGUGUGGGCUGCUGUGUCACGUCCCACAAAUGACCCGCUUUCUACCUGUGGUGCUAACUAACACUCCGAAACUGAGGAGGACCGUGGGGCCCUUAGCAGGUAUGGUGUCUGUCACCCGUGUCCCAUUGUAUGUCAGGACAUCAGUCACCUGCUUGGGAAAUCAGGGGUACAGGCUGGUGAGCAGCAAGGAACUUGGAAAUUCAGGAGGGAGGGGCCAGAAUGGGUUUUCAUUCAAUUUAGUGCCAAAUCUGCAACAUCCGACACAGAACUCAAAGUUAAACCUCUGCUACACCACAGAAGCCAAAUCACAAACAAUUCACAAAAAUGGUCCAGUUUAAGACUCGUUUAGUCCUAAAAGCAGUCACAGCGAGCGGGCCCCCCCCAUCACCCUGUCCCCACAGCAUUCACUUGUUUCAGGUGGACAAAGGUCAAGCCCAAAGAACUUUCGCUGCAGAAGCCACUCCUGAGCCCCAGCUUUCUUUGAUCAAAAGUAUCAAAGUAGAGCUCCUCCGAGCUUGCUCUGCAGGUGGUGGCUUGGGCCUCGGGAAGCAGAAGACACCCUCGCCGUGUUGAUCAGUCUGGAUCUUCAGCUACAACUUGCAGUUAUCCGUUAAAAGGUGAGAAGCAUUUUCAGUUACAGAACACCAACUAGCCACAGAAGUGCUUCAGCACUCUGAACGGAUGAGCUCAUUCACAGCUGUUUCUAAUGCCUUACAUUGAAUCCACUGCUAGGAAGGUCUCUAGGCCCACACUUGAGUCCCACGCAGCCCAAAUUCUGUUUCCUGCAACCAUGUCUGCCUAUGUUGUACUACUGAGCUUUCAUACCGAUUGAUGUCGCACCGAAAUAACCAUGUGGAAGACCAAUGGUAAUAAUAUGUAUAACUAUAUUUAAAGAGCAAUAGUGUCUGUGUGUCACAAAAACUUAAACCUUAUUUAUAAGGUAUGUUCAUAAAUCCUGCACUGUAUCCUCCUACUCUGUGUUAAAAUAUUGGUGCAUGAAUGUUUUUUCAAUGAUCAAAGCAUAAAAAGAUACAUAAUGUAA